CCGGAGGGGGCGGGGCCAUCGGUUAUAAGAGGAAGCGCCUCACAGGGCAGGAACCUCACGAGUGGACGUGGCCAAAAGUCGGCUCGACUUGGGGAGUUGGUGGGCAUGACCAAGGUGGGCUACUAGAAAGGGCGUGGUCAACAUGAGGCUUUCUCGGGGUUUGGGUUAAGGAAAGCAGGGCCCUGUCACCUCACUUGGGGUGUGGCCAGGUAAACGUCGAUCAAGGACUUACGACGGGGGCGUGACCAGAUGAAAGAACCCAUCCCAAAGCUGUCCUAUCAAUGAAGACUGAGCCAAGGCAAGGGGCGCGGUCAGAGGGACAGGUGGGGCAGGACCAGGUUGCAGGUGUAGGUGUCCGCGCUCAGGUGAUCGGAGGUGCUGGACUGGACGUGGAUUUCACACUCGAGAGCCCUCAGGGCGUGCUGCUGGUCAGCGAGUCCCGCAAGGCAGAUGGGGUACACACGGUGGAGCCCACGGAGGCUGGGGACUACAAGCUGUGCUUUGACAACUCCUUCAGCACAAUUUCUGAGAAGCUGGUGUUCUUCGAACUCAUCUUUGACAGCCUGCAGGAUGACGAGGAGGUCGAGGGCUGGGCGGAGGCUGUGGAACCUGAGGAGAUGCUGGAUGUCAAGAUGGAGGACAUCAAGGAGUCCAUCGAAACCAUGAAGACCCGGUUGGAGCGUAGCAUCCAGAUGCUGACACUCCUGCGGGCCUUUGAGGCACGUGACCGCAACCUGCAGGAGGGCAACCUGGAGCGGGUCAACUUCUGGUCCGCGGUGAACGUGGCCGUGCUGCUGCUGGUGGCCGUGCUCCAGGUCUGCACGCUCAAGCGCUUCUUCCAGGACAAGCGCCCUGUGCCCACGUAGCCCCAGAAGAAAGAACAGGGAAAGGAGGGGCAGCAGGGCACAUGUGUGUGAGAUCUGGGGUCCGUUCCCCCAACUGCUUCCUAUGGGAGGGAAGGCCACGCAGUCACAGCCCGAGGUGUGGCCCUCGUGUGUCUCUUCCCUGCCAGGAGCCAGGCGAGAAACCCUUGUUGGCUUGGCUGACAGGCCUGGGCCCUCCAGGAGGGACAGCUCAGUGGCUGCACCUGCUUUCCUGGGAAUUAUGCAUGGAGGGGAUGGCACUGCAGCAUUUGAACGCGACCCUUGGAUCUUCUGGCCCCUUUCUGUGUCCCCUCCGGUAAUGCGUGUGCCUUAGCCCGAGGCCCAGCCUGCACUGGCACAGCUCGGUAUGGGAUGGGGGCCAGGAAGCAAGCUCGCCCUUCCCUUCCCUCCUGGCCUUCUGAGGCAGGAGAUGGCGGGAGGGGGCUUGCUGCUUGUGGGACCCCACACAUUCCUGUCUCCCUGUCGCCCCACCAGAGGCCUGUUGCUGCUGCUGGGGGCGGCUCCUGGGCGGGGGCCGGCCUGCUGAUGCCAGGGGCCGGGAAGGAGACACAGCUACAGUGUUCUUGCCAGGAGAGUCACUUUAUUGAGAGGAAGGAGCCCAGCCCCUCAGCCCAGCGCCAGGUGGGCUUGCUGUGGGGUCUCGUACCAGAACUCCAGGAGUGGGGGGGCUUCAUGGCCACCCGCCCCUCCUGCUCUCUCUGCAGAGGCCCCGGGCAGGGCUGAGGGGUGGCCCAGGCAAAGCUUUUGCACAGGAGCUUCACGGAACAAAGAGCGGUCUGGCCUGGGCACUGGAGUCAAUAAAUUAUGGUCAGAAAA